AAGGUGAUUGACCGCAACGUUUAAAUUUUCGAUUGGCUGAUCAGUGCCUGACGUUCACAAAUUUAAUAUAUGAUUGGCUGAAGUCGAAAAUAAUAUUCACGCACAUUUUACUCCGGUCUGCAGCAAUAUCUACUUGGCUCUAUGCAGUAGACAGGCUCACAGUGGUGCUUGUGGGAUCGAGAAAGAAACGCUUGUCUACCAGACUGAAACUGUGAGAAGAACAGCGGACAAGUCCCCCAUUGACUGUACAAAUAUAGAUGUAUUUUUAGUUGUUGUUAAUUAUCUCACGAGUCGCUAUGAUUUUGACGACAGAGAUUUGCUUCUUCUUCAAAGCCUCUCGCUGUUGCGCACCUCAUUUUGCUCUGCCCUGCCUACUGAAAAACCUGACAUUGGAUCAUUUGCAUACUAACAGUGAUUGGAUGUUUAGCUGGGGGGAGGGUGAGUGUUUGAUCUCUGCCGAGUGCUGUGAGCCUGCGCACAAACAGAGCACAGAGGGAAAGAGCGAACAAGAAUUGAAACCUAUCAUCUCAUUUGUGCCUUUUCCAGUGGAUUUUUCAGCUACUGUAGUAAAUCUUGUCCAUGUUCAGUUUGUAGAGAUAAAGAAAAAGCUGCUGUUUACUGGAACAUCUCAAUGGAUGUGAAACAGGAGACCUGUGAUGUGGAUGCAAAUAUCAUGGAGAAAACUGUAAAUAUUAAGGAUGAGGACUGUGAGUGGGAGUCCAUCUACCUUAAAGAGGAAAGUCUGAGCAUCAAGGAGGAGAACAGUGAACUGCAGUCAAUGAACAUUAAAGAAGAACCUGAAGAGACUUCUGUCAGUAUGAAGACGCACAACCAUACAAAUCUGGACAGUGCAAAAGAAGACAACCUUCAUGAUGGGUGUCAAGAUGGAGUGGUGACCAGGUUAGACUCUUCUCAAAGUAGACACUGUUCAUCUCCAGAGCCUUCUACCAAUGUGAAGUCCGAAUCCUUAGAGUCUGAACCAAACAGGGCUGAGGAAACUACAUCUGUUAGGACACAGAAAAAUAAGCGACCAGCUACAAAGAAGUCUGGGAAAAGAAAGAAAGAUCGCCGCAGUGUGGAAUGUGGCAGAGAAUUCUCUAACAGGAGCGCUCUUCAGAAACACAUGAGAGUUCACACCAGAGGGAAGAAAUAUUGCUGUACUGAAUGUGGUACAAAGUUUUCAGAGAUGAGCCAUCUUCAGAUACACACUAGAGUUCACACCGGAGAGAAGCCAUAUUGCUGUAAUGAAUGUGGUAAACAGUUUUCACAAAUAGGCAGUCUUCAGAGACACACUAGAGUUCACACCGGAGAGAAGCCAUAUUGCUGUAAUGAAUGUGGUAAACAGUUUUCACAAAUAGUGAGUCUUCAGAGACACACUAGAGUUCACACCGGACAGAAGCCAUAUUGCUGUACUGAAUGUGGUAAAAAGUUUUCACUAAUGUGCAACCUUCAGAGCCACACUAGAGUUCACAGUGGAGAGAAGCCAUAUUUCUGUACUGAAUGUGGUAAACUGUUUUCAAAGAUGGGUCAUCUUCAGAACCACACUAGAGUUCACACCGGAGAGAAGUCAUAUUGCUGUACUGAAUGUGGUAAAAAGUUUUCACAAAUAGCCAGUCUUCACAAACACACUAGAGUUCACACCGGAGAGAAGAAAUAUUGCUGUACUGAAUGUGGUAAACAGUUUUCACAUAAAGUCAGUCUUCAGAGCCACACUAGAGUUCACAGUGGAGAGAAGCCAUAUUGCUGUACUGAAUGUGGUAAACAGUUUUCACAAAUUGGCCAACUUCAGAGCCACACUAGAGUUCACAGUGGAGAGAAGCCAUAUUGCUGUACUGAAUGUGGUAAACGGUUUUCACAAUUUGGCCAUCUUCAGAGCCACACUAGAGUUCACACCGGAGAGAAGCCAUUUUGCUGUAAUGAAUGUGGUAAACAGUUUUCACAAAUAGGCAGUCUUCAGAUACACACUAGAGUUCACACCGGAGAGAAGCCGUAUUGUUGUAAUGAAUGUGGUAAACAGUUUUCGCAUAAAGUCAGUCUUCAGAAACACACGAGAGUUCACAACAGAAUAUAAACUGUAGCAGUUCAAUAAUCAGUCCAGAAAAAGAAGCACCCUUCAGGACUCAAAGGUGAGGUUCAGUCCUGUCCUGAAAAGUAAUCAAACUAAACUAUUGUUGAGAAAUGAAUCUCGUAGAGAAGCCAUAUUGCUGUUUGGAAUGUGGCAAACAAAUCUGUCAGAGGAGUUCUCUUCAGAGACGCACCAGAAUUCACACCGGAGAGACGUACAACUGAACUGUCCUGACUAAAGAGUGAGGUUCACUCCUGCCUGGACAGUAAGCACAAGUCAACAUAGAGGAGAAUCAGAUGUUUAUAUCCUUUUUCCUUUUCCAGAAACAAAAUAAAGAACAGGGCGUCAUACAGAGAGCUUCUCACCAAAGCCCUACAGCCUCCACCGUGCGCCUAGCUCUGCUUUCAUAACAUACGUAUUACAUAUUGAACUGCUUACAAUAUAUUAUACACAUUUCAUCAGAAAAAAAGAGCACUUUACAAUAUACACACUGUA